GCAGCAAAGCGUGCCUUGUACAUGGCAAUCACUACUUGCAUCUUCUGAUCACGCUUUUGUCUGGCCAUGCAUCACGUGUGUCAAGUGUGUCAACGCAUCGGCACUUCGCAGCGUGGCUCGGUAUGUUCGAUUCACGUUGAGCGCAUUUACCAGUCUUCCGUGAUUUAGAAUGAAUAAUCUUUGCCUGAUAAUGGCUCGCCUCACACAUUAAUGCGACCCAUUGCCGUAUUCCUGACAUCUGAGGUCGAAGCUAUAAUAGUGCUUUACCCGCUAUAAUAAUUUUUGUUAUGUUCGGAUUCCCGUUUCGACGAAACUGGGGAAUAGCAAAAUUCCGGCCGCCCUUUCCUUACACACUGGAAGAACCCAUCGGCCAUGGCGGACUGUCGCGGGCUGUCUACAAGGUCACCGACGAGAGUUCAGAAGAGACGUACGCGGUCAAGGCCAUCCCGGUGAUUUCCGGCACACCAGACGCUGAACUGCGUAAACAUCUCCACGAAUUCAAGACCAUUGUCAAGCUCAGCGCGCGGCCCCACCGCAAUGUCGUUCGAUACUAUUAUUUCGAUGUCGCACGGUGGGAUGCUGGACCGGAAGUGCGACUGUUCAUGGAAUACUGCAACGGUCACAACCUAGCAGGGAGAAAUGAGUCAUUAGCGGCUAGCAAGCAACGCUUGAAGGAGCACGACAUCGUACGCGAUUUGAAGGAUAUUUUGCGAGGUCUCCAGUACUUACACCGGAACGGAAUCGUCCACCUGGAUAUCAAAGGAGGCAACAUCCUCAUCACGACAACCGGCGUGGUGAAACUGGCUGACUUCGGUUUAAUCACCAAAAUACAAGGCGCCGUCACAGCGUCCGGCGAAGUCAACGGCGCCGCGGGCACCACAGUGUACAUGGCACCGGAGCGCUUUUCCGGCGUAUUCGGCCGUUGUGGUCGGGCCAGCGAUGUAUGGAGUGUAGGUUGUGUAUUGCUGGAGAUGCUGCACGGACAUGCACCGCGUUUCUACCGCCGGGAAAGCCGCGGCAAAAUGAUGCUGAUGGUACGACUACCGGAGAUCGAGGCAGCUCUCGCUACAGGAGAAAAACCUUGUUAUUUUCACCCGGGGUCGAAGGAGGAUCCCCAGAAACUGGGUCGGAAAGGAUGCCAUGAUUCAAAGGAGUUUCUGCGUACUGGUAAAGACUUCCUGGAUUCGUGCUUUCGAUUAACGGCAGCGGACCGCCCCACGGCGGCGGCUUUGCUACAACAUCCGCUCUUAACGGGAAGAGACCUACAGGAAUAUCAUCAAAAAGUGGAAGUUCCACUAACAAGCGCUGCGAUUGGUGCGGAGCCACGCUGGAGAGGCAUGCUGCAGUGGAUCGCUCAAUCUUUAUUGCCCAAAAAUCCACCCAGCGGCCUGGCGCCUUUGUGUACGGGGUGCAGACGUAUCCAGCAAGUCAACAGCGACAUCUUUCAUUGGCUGGUGCGUUCACCAGACAGCAAAUACUGCGCGUCGUGCUGGGCUAAGGUUCGAAAGCACUACGUUGGAAGUAGAAAGACAUCGGAUCUGCACAUUGCCAGCUGUGCUGAUUUUCUUCGUCUUCCUUUAUCUAAUUCGGCAUCGGCCCAGCAGAAGCAAAAGCCAGCAAAAUGCUUCGCUCGCGUUACUCACGGAGAAACUUUCGCAGCGCAUUGUGCCGGUUGCGCUCGUGUCCAGCGCAGCGAUGCCGAUCCGUUCUACCACAAGGCUGAGGAUCCGCUGACCAAAUAUUGCCGCACGUGCUGGAACCACAUGUGCAACAGCCACCUUCUGUGUUGUGCGUGUUGCGGCCGCCGUCAGCGACCCAACGGCGAACGCGUCCAUUGGUGGAUGGACGGCAGCAAUAAGGCCUACUGCACUGUCUGCUGGUGGCCAUUUAAGACGGUUGCACCGGCUGUGUGCACUGGGUGUGGUCGACGACAGCUGGCUAAUGAGGAAGGGUUCCACUGGUCGAGUCACGUCCCGCGGAACAAAUACUGUCCGUCGUGCUGGAACCAAAUCAAGAAAAGGAAGGCGUUUUCCUGUACGUGUAUUCAAGCGCAAGAUCCUGGUGGUGAUCGAAUGCGCAGCCAGCGUUUUAAUGCUGAUCCGAGCUAUUGUCAGAAAUGUUGGCCAAUAAGGAAAUAAGUACCCUACGUGUAUGUUUACCUGGUUGGCCAUGUUAAUUCCUUCGAUUACGCCUGACUGACGGAUACGCAGCCGAUGGCUUCUGAAUUUUGUUGAGCAUUCGAUAGCUCUUUUGUGAUUAAUCUUGCCUCCUGUCAAUCUCAUGAAAUGUGGACUAGAUUCGGCGGUUUUAACUUUCGCAUACUUAACAGCAAAAUCCCGCUACGCUUGAUAAUAAUUUGCAAAAUAACUUAAAUAGGUUCACAAAUAAGCCAUCUGUACUGCCGUGUGCUCG